GCCAUUCGACGGCAUUCGAGUUUGGUCACCGAAAGAAUCCGCUUCACAAAAAAUGAGUACCGAAAAGUGGGAGGACAACGAGGAAAUUAAAAUAUUCCGCGAAUAUUUGCGUAUAGCCACCGUGCAGCCAAAUGUGGAUUACACCGAAUGCGUGGAGUUCUUGAAGCGCCAGGCCCACAGCUUGGACCUUCCAGUGGAUGUGGUCUACCCCGUGGAGAAAAAGCCAGUGGUGGUCAUCAAGUGGGUGGGCAGUGAACCCGAACUGCCCUCCAUCAUUCUCAACUCACACACUGACGUGGUUCCUGUCUUUCCCGAAAAAUGGACCCACGAGCCCUUCAGCGCUGACAUUGAUGAGGAGGGUCGGAUCUUCGCCAGAGGAACUCAGGACAUGAAGUCCGUGGGUACUCAGUACUUGGGAGCCAUCCGCCUCCUCAAGGCAGCCGGCUUCCAGCCCAAGAGGACCAUUAACGUGACCUUUGUGCCAGACGAGGAGAUCGGCGGAGAACUGGGCAUGCAGGAGUUCGUCAAGACGGAGUACUACAAGAACCUGAAUGUGGGCUUCAGCCUGGAUGAGGGCGGCACCAGUGAGACUGAUUUGUUCUACGUCUUCUAUGCCGAGAGGAUGCGAUGGGGCAUGAAGCUCAACUUUGGUGGCACUGCCGGACACGGUUCCAUGCUUUUGCCCAACACCGCUGGCGUGAAACUGAACUACGUCCUGAACAAGCUUUCGGAGUUCCGCGAGUCGCAGGUCCAGCGACUGGCUCGGGAUCAGACUAUUAACAUCGGUGACGUCACUACCAUCAAUCUCACACAGCUCAGUGGCGGCGUUCAGAGCAAUGUCGUGCCCCCACACUUCGAGGCUGUCUUCGACAUGCGGCUGUCCAUCACCCUAGACGUGGUGGCCUUCGAGAAGCAGAUCCACGACUGGUGCGAGGAGGCUGGCGGCGGCAUCGAGAUCACCUUCGACGAGAAGGAACCCUAUGUGGAGCCCACCAAGAUCGACGACUCGAAUCCCUUCUGGGUGGCCUUCAAGGCAGCCACAGACGAGCUGGGCCUGAACAUCUAUCCCAUUGUCUGUCCCGGAGCCACCGACAGCAGGAACAUUCGUGCCCAGGGCAUCCCAGCUUUUGGAUUCUCUCCCAUCCGAAACACCACCAUGCGCAUCCACGACCACGACGAAUUCCUGGGAGCGGAUACCUACUUGAAGGGAAUUGAGAUCUACAAGAAAAUUCUGAGCAACCUCGCUAACGUCUAAAACAAAUUCGAAAUACUGUAUGUACUAGGAACUUAUCAGAAAUAAAGAUUAAUUAACUUUGCAACAAGUUGAUACCAAAAUACCAA